AUGGCACAUGUUGGUGAGGAAGUCAAUCACGGGAAAAAGCGCCCCGCAGAAAGUGACCCCGAAGGAGAUCAACCUCUGGCUAAAAGGUUUGGUCGCCUGCAUAUCUCGCAUUCUGCAGCAGCUGGCCAUGUCACUAAUGCCAAAGAGAAGCCCCCUGCUUCUUCUUCCACCGAUUCGAUGUUAUUGGAUGAUACCAAACACACCGUUUACAUACAUGAUCUGGAUAGAGAGUUAGAAGAAACCGAGCCUAAUGCCGAUACUUUUACGUUUCUUCACAGAUACGCUGAUCAACUUACCGCAAUUCCGAGGUUACUCGUCACGAGGGCUAAGACUCCAUGCAAUGAGUUAGUCCUUUACACCGAGCCUACAUCCUUGUCAAUCACAAAAGAGGGAGACAAUGUGCGGAAGGCUCUGAUCGCCACAAGGGAUCGCGCUAGACGGGGUCAACAAGGUUGUGAUGAUGUUUUUUCUGUUGAGAACUAUGAUAGUAGCGUGAUCAUAACUGGGACUACAAGCAGCAACGAUUCGAUUAAAGGCCCUAUUGAUGGUUAUAGUGAGGCAAUGGAAGUUGACGUUGAUUGCUGA